AUGGCGUCCAGCAGCAGCGUCCCUUGGGUGGAGAAAUACCGCCCGAGGAAGAUCGGCGACGUCUCGCACCAAGAAGAGGUCGUCCGGACGCUCCAAAAAGCCCUGGAGACCGCGAACAUGCCGCACAUGCUCUUCUACGGCCCCCCGGGGACGGGCAAGACGACGUGCGCGCUCGCGAUCUGCCGACAGCUGUACGGCCCGGACCUGUUCAAAUCGCGCGUGCUGGAGCUCAACGCGUCGGACGAGCGCGGCAUCUCCGUGGUUCGGAACAAGAUCAAAGGGUUCGCGUCCACCGCGGUCGGCCAGGCCGUUCCCGGGUACCCGUGCCCGCCGUACAAGAUCCUCAUCCUGGACGAGGCGGACUCGAUGACGACGGACGCGCAGUCGGCGCUCAGACGCACGAUGGAGACGCACUCCAAGGUGACGCGGUUUUUCAUCCUGUGCAACUACGUCUCGCGGAUCAUCGAGCCGAUCGCGUCGAGGUGCGCGAAGUUCCGGUUCAAGCCGCUAGGGUCGGAGGUGAUGUCCGAUCGCUUGAAACACAUCGCGGAAAGAGAAGGGUUGACCCUGGGCGAGGGCGUCUACGACGCCGCGGCGAAGCACUCGGGCGGCGACAUGCGAAAGGCGAUCACGCUGCUCCAGUCCUCCGCGCGGCUCUUCGGCGCGAAGGAGCUCACCGGGGAGGACAUCAUCGCGGUCGCGGGCGCGAUCGCGGAGGACGACGUCGCGGAGCUCCUAGACCUGUGCGGGAAGAACGCGUUCGAUCGCGCGAUCGGGAAGUUGGACGUGAUGCUGAGGGACGGGUUUCCCGGGUUGCAAAUCUUGACGCAAUUCGCGGACGCGGUGACCAACUCGGAGAACUGCUCGGACGGCGUCAAGGCGCGGAUUUGCUUGGCCGCCGCGGAGGCGGAUAAGGCGCUGAUCGACGGCUCGGACGAUUCGCUGCAGCUCGGCGCGGUCGUGUCCGUCGCGUGCCUCGCGAUGAGCGGAAAGUAG